UACUCUUUUGUACUCUCAACACUCAUAAAGUGGAUAUGACAAAAUUGCUUGGAGGACAAAUAGGAUUAGAAGAUUUCAUUUUUAUACAUAGGAAAGGACAAGCUAAAGAAGUGGAAAUUACAAAAACAGAAGAUGCAUUGGGCUUAACUAUAACUGAUAAUGGUGCAGGGUAUGCAUUUAUUAAGAGGAUUAAAGAAGGCAGUCUGAUUGAUAGAAUUGGAUUCAUCCAGGUAGGGGAUCAUAUUGAAAGAGUAAAUGAUCAAAGUAUGGUUGGAUGUAGGCAUUUUGAAGUUGCAAAGACAUUGAAAGACAUUCCAAAGGGAACAACUUUUACAUUAAGGCUAGUUGAACCAUUACGUGCUGGCUUCUCACACAUAGGACCACGUGGUGGACCUGGAGGUAAAAAGGCAGGCUAUGGAACAGGCAAAGAAACAUUACGAUUACGUGCCAAAGGUCCAGCAACAAUUGAAGAAGCACCUGAUGAUGUAGUACAAGCUGCCUUAGAUCGAAUUAAUGGACUGUUGGAAUCAUUUAUGGGAAUUAAUGAUACAGAACUUGCCACACAAAUAUGGGAAUUGGGAAGAGACAAAUCAAAUCCACACGACUUUGUGAAUGCUGUUGAUAGUUCAGAUCUGGAAGCAUUUGGAUUUACUGAUGACUUCAUUUUUGAUCUAUGGGGAGCAAUAAGUGAUGCAAAAUGUGGUCGUCUGAAGACUGAACCUACAAAAUCUAAUUUUUAGAUAUAUACACUGAUUUGAAAGUUUUUAUAUAUAUUGUAAAUGAAAGAAAUGGCAUUUUUAUUAUAAUAUUGAAAAAAUAUAGUCAUCCAGAAGUAUUUUUAAGAAUUUUGAAAAAUUUUAUAUUUUUUUAAAUAUAUUUUUAUAAGAAAUUAAUAAUAUAUCCAUAAAAUUUGAAAUAACUAAUUUUUUCUUUUAAGAAAAUAAGGUUGUGAAUGUUACAAACACAUAGACUUUGCUUACAUUAAGCAUUAUUUCAAGUUAAAAUUAAUUAUGUGCUAAAACAUAAUUUAACAGAAUAUUUCUUAAAUGCUAUUUUUAUAUUCCAUUUUUAAAUACUAAAAGUAUUUUGAUACAAAGUAUCCUAAUAUAUAAAUCUAUAUCAACAAAUUUUAUAUAAACAGAAUUCAUUCUAUUUAGUAUUUUU